UCUUUCCACGUUUGCAAGCGCCGCGGCGCGCCCAGCUCCGACCCGCGCCCCGCGAGCUCCGCGCGCCCUCGCCGCCCCCGCGCCCCCCGCGCCCCCCGCGCCCUCCUCGCCCCCGCGAUGGCGCCCAGGGCCCGGGGCCGACGGCCGCCGCCGCCGCCGCUGCUGCUGCUGCUGCUCUGGGUGACCGGGCAGGCGGCGCCCGUGGCGGGCCUGGGCCUGGACGCGGAGCUGCAGGUCGAGCGGCGCUCCGUGCCCGACGAGUGCCCGCGCACCGUGCGCAGCGGCGACUUCGUGCGCUACCACUACGUGGGCACGUUCCCCGACGGCCAGAAGUUCGACUCCAGCUAUGACAGAGACUCCACUUUCAACGUGUUUGUGGGAAAAGGACAGCUGAUUGCAGGGAUGGACCAAGCUCUGGUUGGGAUGUGUGUAAACGAGAGGCGCUUUGUGAAGAUCCCCCCAAAGCUUGCCUACGGAAGUGAAGGAGUUUCUGGUGUGAUCCCCCCAGAUUCAGUUCUUCAUUUUGAUGUACUUCUGAUGGAUAUUUGGAACUCUGAUGAUCAAGUUCAGGUUCACACUUAUUUCAAGCCCCCCAGUUGCCCUCGGACCAUCCAGGUAUCUGAUUUUGUAAGGUACCAUUACAAUGGAACGUUCUUGGAUGGGACACUGUUUGAUUCAAGUCAUAAUCGCAUGAAAACAUAUGACACAUAUGUGGGCAUUGGCUGGCUGAUUCCUGGAAUGGAUAAAGGGCUGUUGGGGAUGUGUGUGGGGGAAAAGCGCAUCAUCACCAUACCUCCUUUUCUGGCCUAUGGAGAAGAAGGAGAUGGGAAAGACAUUCCUGGACAGGCAUCUCUGGUGUUUGAUGUUGCUUUAUUGGACCUCCAUAACCCCAAGGAUGGCAUUUCCAUUGAGAAUAAGGUAGUCCCAGAAAACUGUGAGCGGCGAAGUCAAAGUGGGGACUUUCUCAGGUAUCAUUACAAUGGCACCCUUCUGGAUGGCACCUUCUUUGAUUCCAGCUACUCACGGAACCGCACCUUUGACACAUACAUCGGGCAGGGCUACGUGAUUGCUGGCAUGGAUGAAGGUCUACUUGGUGUCUGCAUCGGAGAGAAGAGGAGGAUUGUGGUCCCGCCUCACCUCGGCUACGGAGAGGAAGGAAGAGGGAACAUCCCUGGUUCGGCCGUGCUGGUGUUUGACAUCCACGUGAUUGACUUCCACAACCCUUCAGACUCCAUCAGCAUCACCUCCCACUACAAGCCCCCGGACUGCUCCGUGCUGAGUAAGAAGGGGGAUUACCUCAAGUAUCACUACAAUGCCUCGCUUCUGGAUGGGACUCUGCUGGAUUCCACGUGGAAUUUAGGCAAGACGUAUAAUAUUGUUUUGGGAUCCGGACAAGUUGUGUUGGGAAUGGAUAUGGGUCUCAGAGAGAUGUGCGUUGGAGAGAAACGGACAGUGAUCAUUCCACCCCACCUGGGCUAUGGGGAAGCUGGCGUGGAUGGAGAAGUGCCCGGCAGUGCUGUCCUGGUGUUUGACAUUGAGCUGCUGGAGCUUGUGGCCGGUCUGCCCGAGGGGUACAUGUUCAUAUGGAAUGGCGAGGUGUCCCCCAACCUCUUCGAAGAAAUCGACAAGGAUGGUAAUGGAGAAGUCCUCCUCGAAGAGUUCUCAGAGUACAUUCAUGCCCAGGUGGCAUCUGGCAAAGGGAAACUUGCUCCUGGUUUUGAUGCUGAGAUGAUUGUGAAGAACAUGUUCACCAACCAGGACCGGAAUGGAGAUGGAAAGGUCACGGCAGAAGAAUUUAAACUCAAAGACCAGGAGGCCAAACAUGAUGAACUCUAAACCUGACUCGGGCCACUUGUGUGACACCAAGCCCCCUGUCGUGGCAGAAUGAGAAGUGAGGGCGCGAGGGUCUCUCAGAAGGUGAAUCGUCCACAAGUAGCAGAUGGUCACAUAGUACCUGGGGCAUGUCAGGGAUGGGUCGAUACACAUGGUGAGAAUUUUAGGCCAAAUGCCAGUGAUAUGAAACAAAAUUGGUGCAAGGUGCUUUAGCAGGGGCUGCGUAGAGGGUGAAAAGGCUGUACUGUACAGUCAACCGCUGUUUUGUGAGCCUUUCAGGUAGUUUUGUUGUUAAAGGAAAAUAGUGUCAUACAGAAGUAACAACCAUCUUGGAGGGAACAGAAGUGUCCAGAAUAGCCACAUAAAGAGGAUUAACCUUUUUUUUUUUUUUUUUUUAACUUGCUGGUGUUUUAAAAAGUGUUCUCCAGAUGAGCAGAAAAGACAAGGAGCAUAUCCCAGCAGUAUUCCCCCAAAGCCCCCAAAACUGUAUCAGUGGCCUGUAUAGGCUCUGGUAAUGCCCAGCUUCCACCUUCCUGCUACACACACACACACACACACACACACACGCUUUAUAGUCAGUUGUGCCUACCUAUCGUGGUCUUCCAAUUGGCUGAAUAACUUGGAAGUUAAGAAAAUUAGUGGACCAAACAAAAGGCAUUGUGGGCUACGAGUAGAGCAUUUGAUUCUGUGUUUGCCAUGCAAGAUUAUCUGCUUCACUGUUUCUUAUUCCCAUUGCUCUGUCCUCCCUGAAUCUUUCGAUCAAAUAGAUAUGCACAGGGCUGGUGGCUGAGCCACGCUCCAGAGUAUUUCAUUAUGACCAAGAUGGAAAUGUCACCCCAACAGGUAGAUGAGCAUAAACAAGGAGACAUAUUUCCACUCAUUCAGUCCUGGAGGGGGAGGUGCUUUACAGCCCAGGGGUGUCAAUCUAUGUAGAACAAGGACACUAUUACCUGCUAGCCUUUCCCCAUGUUAUGCGGUAACCACCUUGCUGCCUUACGUCCUCUGUUCCAAGUGGUGGUGGCAUCCACCCUGAAGUAAUCCAUGGUUUUCCUUUUGAAACUGCUUUGUUUUACUAAUUUAAACUGUUUUGUACUGAUGUAGCCCUGAGAUAGUUUGUGAAAAUGCUGUGCACUCAUUCAGUGGAAUAAAUGUUGGAAAACAGAUCUUUUCAUAUAUAAAAAAAAUUGAAUAACA